AGUACCACGUCAGCAGUAACAGUGCCACAUCAGAGUGUCACGUCAGCAGUGCCCCGCCACCAUGACGGGCGCAGCUCUGGGCAUGCCAGGCCAACUGGCCAACAAGUCUCUUGCCUACUACAAACAGCGGUUCCAAACUCAGCUCGCUCUGAUCGAGGCUGAGGAACARCGCCAGAUGGCAGCUGAGGCUGCCCGCCUACAUGCUGAAGCAGCGGCAACAGCUGAGAAACAACUUCGGAGUCUGCCUGUCGCCAAGCACGCGUACAUCGGCGCCCUGUUCAUGAACUCAAAGGGCGGAUGCGAGAUCUGGUUAACCCACGUGGCAGCCACCCACAGCGUCGACGUCGCAAAUCUGAGAGACAAGGUCACAUGGGAAGAGUUAACACGGCUGUGGAAGAAGCGGUUCAUCGUCGACGACGCACCAGCACUCGCCAUCAACCGUCUCUUCAUCAUGACUCAAGGCAACACAGCAACACGUGACUGGCUCACGGAAUGGCAGAAGAUCGCGGCAACGCCCGAUCUUGACUUACCAUUUCCGCAUCUGCGCCGUGAGUUCUACAACAGGUCAUGCGCUGCAUUAAGCGAGGCACUUGGUGAUCGCGAGCAGUAUGCAACUUUCAGCGAGAUUAUUGACAAGGCGAGAGAGAUCAUCAAGACCAAUARGGCAGCKGCACACGAGAGGUCAACAUGGCAGCCGACCUAUGUGGAGAAGGUGAAAACUGGUCCGCAACAGCAGCAGGUCGCUGCAGUCCAAUCGGACAACACUGUGGAAGACCCGGCAGCCACCCAAGCGUCACGUGAGGGAGAUCAGGUGGCUGCUGUCCAGCCGCGAAGCAACAUCAACCGGAGUUUGGAGGAGCAUGUGGAACACCUGUGCACCGUUUUGGAGCGGCUACGACAAGCCAAGUACAAAGCCAACCUCGACAGGUGCCAAUUUGCGCGGCAGGAGCUGGAGUACUUGGGACAUUAUGUGACAUCGCAAGGCAUCCGUCCGCUUGCGGACAAGAUCGAGGCCCUACGAGUAUGGCCCGAGCCCACCAACACCACGGACGUUCGUUCAUUCGUAGGAUUGGCGGGCUACUAUCAGCGAUUCAUCACCGGAUACUCGAGGAUUGCUGCACCUAUGACGAGAUUACAAUCGCCAAAGGUGCCAUUCGUAUUUAAUGACGACGCACGUCGGUCAUUCCAAACACUUAAGACGGCUAUGCUCAUGGCACCCGUCCUUAGCAUGUAUGACCCCACCCUGCCUACGAGAGUGACGACUGACGCUUCCGACUAUGGCAAUGGGGCAGUCUUGGAACAGCACGACGGCGACGACUCGCACCCUGUGGAGUAUUUCAGCCACAAAGUGCCUCCCAUCAACUCGCUUGAUGAUGCAAGGAAGGAACUGCUCACAUUCGUCAUGGCUCUCAAGCGAUGGCAGGACUUCCUCCUUGGGCGUCAUAGGUUCAAAUUGGUUACGGACAACAAUCCAUUGACCUACUACAGGACGCAGAAUACGGUGAGCAGCUCGAUCGAACGAUGGAUGUAUUUCAUCGACCAAUUUGACUUCACACCAAAACAUCUUCCCGGCCUCUCCAAUCGCCCAGCAGAUGCACUCUCGCGAAGACCUGAUCUUUGCGCUAUGACACAUCAUGCCUUCGCAUUCGACGAGGAGCUCCAGCGACACUUCAUCAAGGGCUAUGAGUCCGAUCCAAAUUUCGCCACGCUAUACGCGCAGCUAUCUUCGGAUCACCCGCCGGCCAGCCACUAUCGCAUUGCCGAUGGGUACUUGCUCCUGCACUGGCGGGGCAAGGACUUAUUAUGUGUCCCACGCGACCGCCGUCUUCGGACUCGCCUCCUCGACGAGUAUCAUGAUUCGCGACUCGCCGACCAUUUCGGAGUCAACCGCACUAUUGCACGGCUUUGACAGCGAUUCCGAUGGCCCGACCUCAUCACCAACAUCACGAGGUAUUGCGACUCUUGCGA